GUUGUGCUAUUUUUGUUUGUGUUUGUGUUUUGUGGGCAGGACCACCAUCCACGAGCUGUUUUGUUGUAACCAACCACCCAGUGGUGGUGUCCACCAUUUACAUCUCGUCUGCGCUGCUCUGGCAUCGUCGAGCAAGCCGCGUUCAGGAUGGCCACGAGAGUGAGCACAAGCAAGCGCCCGUCUUCCGCCACUCGCAGGAGGCCGGGCACCGCUUCUUCCACCAAUGCUACCCCUCUCCACCCAAGGACGCAAGAGCUGCUUGUGGAUGCGAUCAAGGCCGGAAAUGUGGACAAGGUGAAGACGGUGCUGACGCCGGCGAGGGCACACGCGCUGAACAAUCACGUGAAGAACGGGCACACGCUGCUGACGCUGGCCAUCGACAGGAACCAGGCAGCGGUGGUGGAGGCCCUCAUCCAACUGGGCAAGAGCCAGCAGUACCCAGACCUCGACCUGAACCAGGCAUGCAGGAUUGUACGCAAAACGCCGCUGCAGUAUGCCCUGGCGCGUGCCGCCAAGACGCAGACGUACGCCGUGGUGGAGCAACUACUUGCCUGUGGCGCAACCCCAAUCUUCCUGGCAACCGUCACGGGCAAGGCAACAAGCAACGCGCUGCUGGAGGCCAUCAAGCUGCGGAAUCCUCAGCUCGUGGCCAUGGCAUGCCAGCAUGAUCCGUCCUUGCUUCGCUCCACGUCCGCGCAGGGCUGGCUGCCAUUGCAGGCUGCGGUGUUUGAAGGGCGCGUGGACGUGAUCGAGAGUCUCUUGCGCCACGGCGCAGACCCCCGCGAUGCCGGUCUCAACGGCAUCACCUGCUUCCAGUUUGCCCUCGGGAAGCGGCGGGGAAAGACGUCCAAGACGACAACACCCUCCACGUCUCGCCCGGACUCUCGGCUCGACACCACGUCACAACCAACAGCGCCCUCAACCAGAGCCACCACGGCCACGGCAACAGCUGUGUCAUCACCAUCAGACAGGCGCGUGGUGACGCGUGUUGAGACGCGGUCCGUCAUACGUCACCCUCGCCGCCCACGAGGGGGCCGGACAACGCGCCCGAGCACAGACGCACGUGCAUCUGCUUCAUCAGCCUCACGCUCGACGGCUGAUCCACGCCGAGGACAAACCGUGGACGCACUGGCAGUGACAGCACACCAGUCCACACCUCAAGAUGUUGCGACGCAGCAAUCGUCGUCAUCCUCAUCAUCGUCAUCGACCUUGUGCCAGAAGCGCACACGCACAACCGGCCGUGGCACCAGGUCCGCCACUGGUGCCUCCCACUCAUCCACAGCACGGCGUGUUCGCACAGCUGCCACGUCCUCCACCCCUGCAGGAACAGCAGGAGCAGCAGGAGCGGGGACACGUGGUGGCGGUGGCGGUGGUGGGCGCUCGGGUGGCGGGAAUCGGUUCCGUGCGUCCGACGCUGUGCUGCGCGUGUUGGCUGCUCAUGUCAUUGGCGACUUUAUCGCCUUCCAUCGGACGCGCAAACGCUUCCUCGACCAAAGGGCUGCUGUCCUGCUGAUACAGCGAAACCUCCGCCGCGUGCAUGCGUACAGGAAAGCCGUUCAGGUCGUGACACACGUGCGACAGUGCAAGGUCAUCACAACCCGCAUCCACCAGGACAUUUUGGGACGUGCCCGCUCACAGGUGCUUGCAUCUUCUUCCCACAGCAGCAGUAGUGGCAGUGGUGGUGGCCAUCUUGAUGACAAGGACGGCAUGGCCUCUGCACUGCUGUGCCGCGUGGUGAUGCAAGCGUGCCGCUUUCCCGGCGGUGACCGUGGCGCUGACACUGCCGGCGUUGCCGUACCCAUCAUGGACCAGGAACAAUUGAGGCAGGUCAUGCUCAUCCCGCUCUGGCGUGUGGAACAGCAGGUGCUCAGUGGCCGCCAGCAAAGCAGUUCCAACACCACCACCACCACCACCACCACCACCACCACAACAACAACAACAACACCAACGACGACGGAGAUGCAACCCGAUGACGGCAACGCGCAGUCGACGGUCACAGACAAACCAUCUUCCCCUCCCUCUUCCCCCUCGUCACCAUCGCCACCGCCGCUGACUGUUGAGGGAGCGCUGCGUGCGCGUGUACUGGCGCUGCGGGGACAGAACAAGACACACAUUUCCUUGAUGGAGGUGUUGGCGUUGGCCCUGCCACACGCUGCUCUGCGCUUCUGCGCUGUUCUCAAUGCAUGCAUGCGCAGAAAGACAAGCGAGGAAACAGACGCCUUUGGCUACACGCCAGCAGAUUUCAGCAUUGCCGUUGCUGCUCAAGCAGUCGAUGCAGUCGAUGCAGUCGAUGCUGAUGAUUGUCGUGGCGCCAACAGUGACGAUAACAGUGGUGACAGCAAGGAUGGGAUGUAUAGACGCUCCGGUGGCGAAGCGAAGGGGGCGCAACAACAGCGCACAGAUGACGCAACGUCUGCUGCAUCUGCCGCUACAGUAACGACAACAGCAGCAGUUAAUCGCAAGAGCGAGGCUGACGAGCAUGCGUGGAGAACCGCCAUUCUCAGCAUUCUGUGGGCAUGCCGCGCCCAAGUUGACACGACAUGUGCAUUCCCUUCCUGGGUCCUGAGGGCAACGGCGAAGCAGCUCAUGCGCGAACGUCAACAACAACAGCAGGCCGCCACGCCACUGUCCACAACAGCGUCCGCAACAACACCCACAGCAGCCGAACCACCGCUAGCAGCAACAACAGUACCAGCAGCAACAGCAGCAACAGCGGUGCAGCAAUUGCCGCUGGGCCGGCGCAUGGUACACGUGUGGGCAGAUUUGGUGACGUCAGCAGUGGACAUUGGAUCCACGCACCGGUUGGUGGGCAAACGCAUUGUGGUCUAUGCAUGGGACACGACAGCUGAGGACAGCGUGCAGGCUCACAUGCGCUCGCUGCAUGUGGACGAUGCGCUGCUACUGGUGGAUGCCGUCAUGGCCCGUGCGUUGAGCACGGACAACAGCACGGCGAGGAAGGAUCUGUUGUGGUUCGCGGCGCUGAUCAUGUGCGAUGGCGUUCUCGCCGCUCGCAGGAUCCAACCACACGUGGACAUGGCAGCAGGACCAACUGCAACACCGUCAACGUCAGGGCCACGCGCUGCUGUCAUGAGCGAGGGCGCGGUGGCGCGGGUGCUCGCGACCUUGAAGACGAUGCUUGACGCCAUUGGCCCCAUCAUGGUCGGUCAUCGACUGGAGGAGAGCGUGAUGCAGCUUGUCAUCAAAGCACUGCGCUCCCCGCACGCAACCACGCUCGUUAGCGCAUUUCCAGAUGAUGCGUUGACGCGUAUGGUAAAUGGGCUCAAUGUGCUGAACCGCCUCGUUCGCGACACGCAACCAACUGCCAUUCGUGCGUAUUACAGCUCCAUCAAAACCCGCCUUCACCAGGCCGUCGACCACAACGACUUUGCGCGGGUGAGUGCGCUGGCGGAGAAGAACAAGAUCCAGGUGACGGAGCUUGCUGCCGGAUUCAUGACGCUGAACAGGGGGAGGAGAGCCCCUCAGGACAUGUACGAGUGCGUGAAGAUUUUGCUGGAACACAACGCCACCAUCUCCUUCGACGUCGUGGUGGCUGUGAUGCAGCUGUCCCUCGACGUUCACGGCGCGUUUAAUCGCGACUGUCCGCUUCUCCACAAGGCGCUGGAGCAGCAGGCCAAGUACGACGGCAAGGGCGGGUCUGCCGACUCGCUCUCCAUCGCUGUUUGGAUUCUAAACGCGUUUGUUGAGCACGAGAUUGCGAAACGCCCCAGCAGCAGCGCAAACGGACACGGCAAUAACAGCGAUCAUGAUGGAGACAUUGCAAGCGGCACAGAUGUGCGAAUGCCUGGAAAUGAGAAGAAUCAGACGCAAGAAGGCGAGACAGCAUCUGCCACGCGCGGUCAGCACAUCAAUGACAACAAUGAUGAUCGUGAUGAUCCUGAUGACGACGAUGACGAGCAAGUGUUGGUUGUGAACUUGGAUGACUUACUGUUGCAGCACAACCUUCGCGAGCAGCAGCAGCAGCAGCAGCAGCAGCCCAAGGAGCACUCAGCGAGGCAGGCCAGUGUUGCAUCCACAACCCACAACAGCAGCAACACCAGCCCAUCCAGCCAAAACGAUGCCAGCGACAGUGCUGGCAGUAGUGGUGACGGGAUGGCGCUGAAAAGACGUGUGUUCCAGCGCCUGGUCGACACGUGUGACGAUCCGCUGUUUACCAAAGCAUACGGGCGCGUGUGCACGCACAUAUUUUCGUGCGUGGCCUGGCAGGUGGACGAGGCGUCCAGGUCGACGCAUUUUGAGGGGCGUUACCCGAUUUUGCGGUCGGGAAGUCUUAGGCUUGACACGCGCACGUGCGAGUGCCUCUUCACGGUCCUUGACCUUUGUGAUCUCAACGACCUGGCUCUCCAAGUUGCGCUUCAGGCACUCCCAGCGGUUGCUGCGGUCAAGACUGCGGCGGCACAAAACGCUGCGUUAGUGACCAUCUCUGCCCACAUCAACACACUCCUUCGCAGAUACCCAGAGCACAUCUCUGAGGCGGCUGCAGCGGUUUCCUCAACCAUCUCCAACACACUGUCUAUCCGACCGGGCCGAAGCAGAUCAAUUCGUCCGCAUGCCAACUUCCGCUUCUGCUGUGAUCUUGUGCGCACCAUACCCGCAACCAAGUUGCACGUCAAAGAGCUUUUGGAGUGCACCAGAUUGCCCUUGAAAGUGCAAGAAGUGAUCAGCAACACAGCUUUGCCAGGAGACGUUCGCGAUGCCGCGUGCAAGUUCCUUGAUCUCCUCUUUCCAGAUUUGCUCAUCUGCAAGAUUUGCCUGGACAAGAUGGAUGAGCCGGUGAAGUUAUGCAGGCAGUCUGGCGGUGAGCACUACCACAAGUUGGAAUGCGUUCACCGCUUCUGCAAGGCCUGCGUCCAGAGCUGGCUUCGUAUUGGCAUUCGAGAUAUGCAGACUGUGUUUGCUUGUCCCGUUCCAAAGUGCAGGUUCAUCCUGUAUCCUGAUGAUGUGAAGCGGUUGGCGGAUUCGGACGCUUAUUCCAAGUACCAACACUUGAUGUCACGCAGCUAUGACAAGAAACUCCACCAGAUGAAGAGGGACGGCCUGGUUGGGUUCGCAGAGACGCACUGCUGUGUUUGCCCGCGCUGUCACGUCAUCAUCGAACGAGCUGCUGGCUGCGAUUCCAUGCGAUGCAUUUGCGGAAAUGUUUUCAACUUCAGCGCAACGCGCAUUCGCAAGGGCCACGUGCCAGCCCCCGUUCGUGUUCCCAUCUAAAGUUCUCAAGCGUGUUGUCACAGAAUUGUUGUGUGUUACACGUUUUCGUUGGGGGAACAUUGGUGGCGACUGCUUGUUUCAUUACUGCUUCUUUGUUCAGCAUUUGUCUCAGUGACAUGGAUGAGUGAAUGUCUGUGCGUGUGUGUGCUUUAUUAUGUUGGCAUAACUGGGCAUUGAGAAGUAUGCAAUGAAGCCAUAACAAGAGGAAAUUAACGUGGAUCCC